UUAUCAAUCACUCACCCCCUUGGGCACAAUCUCUCUGCAAAUGCAAUAAUACCGCCAUGAGAUAGCAAGUCCCUUUAAUACGUUCCCUUUUAUGGCACGCUUUAAUGGGAACCACAUACUACGUGAAAGGAAAAAAUCCAAGUUGUCACGAAAAGUCAUUAUAAAAUCGAUACCAGUCAUAAUUUCGAGUUUCACGAAGUGCGCUUAGUAUCUGAUUUAGCUGAUAUUUAUGCAAUAAGGCAAACACAUUCCAGUUUUGAAAUAUUAGUCUUGGGGGGAUAUGUGUUUGAUUUAGAAAGAUUGCUAUCGUCAUUAUCCAAAGCGAGGAGACUUAAAAUAGAACGAGAAACGGGAAAGAAAGGUGAUCGCUGUUUGAUCGAUAUAUCCUCUCAUUCCUAUUUGACGAAAUGUUUCCGUCAGUUUGGCAAGAGAGGCUAUCGGAGGCAGGACUCUAUUUUCAGUCUCGAGUGCAGUCAAGAAAUGUUUUGCCAACCUGGAGAAUUGGCUGUCAGUGAUUUGAAAAUGUUUGCCAUGUCUUGACCUUGAGAAGCGGGUCUCCUCCUCUGCCUUUGCAUGAGCCUUGGUUAUCAGCUGAGUGGUGAAGGUCCCUAAAGCCUGCCUACCUGAACACACGCGUGUCUUCAUAUAAAGGCCGAGACGAGUGAGAGUGAAGAGGCCGUAAAGGAGGUAUUGAUCCUAAUUCAGGAGAUUGCUCGUCUCCCAUAGCCGAUAAAGUGUGCCAAGUGAUCAUUCUAAUGGAUCCUCUCGAGCUUGGGAACUCUUCAGUGUGAAUCAGUUAACAAAGGCCGGCGACCGAAGGAACAUGGAGGACAUUUCUGAGAUUGGAGAUGACUCGAAAAAGUACCUGGAAGUCUCGUCUGAAAUCUCGUCUUCGAGUGACAGUGAUGUGGAUUCUAAAGAUGGUGUUCUAGAGAUCUUGAGGAAAGUCUCUUUAGAUUCUGGGAUUCAAAGCAGUCCUAAUGGAUCUACCUCUUCAAUCGAUGAGGAAGACAACCAUACCAAGGUAUCGAAAAAUGUGGAACAAAUUGAGGCUUUACUGAAGAGGAUAAACGAAGAGAAUCGAAAGACCAAGGAAGUACUGAGCUCGAUUCACAAUGGAACAACUCCUCUUCUGGAGACUACGACCAAUGUUAUGUUAUCACGGACAAACGUGAUUUCCUUGGGACGAAAGGCCAAAAAUGACGAUCUUCAAGUGACAAAGGAUCUCCCCAUUGGGACUCGGUCAAAGGCGGAGGAACCCUAUUAUUACGAAACGUCCAUUGAAGGGAAAAAGAUCCCCAUUGUUCCAUUCAACUGUAUGACCUUAUCCACUCCGCCAACUCAAACUUUGGGCCAAAAGCAUCGUCUCAGCUUCAAGACAGUCAAUGCUGAAGCCAAGUUGGUGUCCCAAAUUUGCCAUGCUCAUGGCUUUCACGAAGUUCACUCCAACAACACAGAUUUCAAUCUCAUGUGGACCGGUGUUCACCCAAAGCCACAUUCUUUCAAGUCGUUGCUCCCUCAUCAACGAGUGAACCAUUUUCCUCGCUCCUACGAAUUGACACGAAAAGACCGUCUCUAUCAAAACAUUGAACGGCUUCAACAUGCCAAAGGAGCCAAGAAUUUCAAUUUUGUUCCUAAGACCUUCAUGAUCCCGACUGAAUAUAGCGAAUUCGCUGCCACUCAUCACCGCAUGAGAGGGGCUUGGAUAGUGAAGCCUGUUGCGUCCUCCAGGGGUAGAGGUAUCUUCAUUGUGAAUCAUCCCAAUCAAGUCCCUUUGGACGAGCCUAUGGUUGUGGCCAAGUACAUUGACAAUCCCCUGCUUGUCAAUGGGCACAAAUGGGAUCUCCGAUUGUACGUUGCGGUGACGUCGUAUGACCCACUUAUGAUUUACCUUUACGAAGAAGGUCUGGUACGAUUCGCUACAGUGCGUUAUGAUUCCACGGGCAAGAAUUUGUGGAACCCUUGCAUGCACUUGUGUAACUACAGUAUCAACAAGUACCAUUCGGACUACAUCAAAUGUGAUGACCCGGAUCAAGAAGAUCAAGGCCACAAAUGGUCUCUGAGCGCUCUUCUCCGUCACCUGAAGGCCAACAAUAUAGAUACGGUCCAAUUGAUGCAAACCAUCGAGGAUGUGAUCAUCAAGUCAAUCAUAUCCGUCGAGUUCCCUGUGAAUAGUGCUUGCAAGAUGUUCAUCCCUCACAAACGGAAUUGCUUCGAGUUGUAUGGGUUCGACAUUUUAAUUGAUUCAGAGCUGAAGCCUUGGCUUUUGGAGGUAAACCUCUCGCCGUCCCUGAACUGUGAUGCUCCCAUUGACCUCAAGAUCAAAUCCGCCAUGAUGUGCGACCUUCUCAGUUUAAUUGGACUUCCUGCCGUGGAUCCAGUCCUGAAAAGAGCCCAAUUUAACCGAAAAGUUAACGAACUCACCUCAAAUUUGGCAGCAAAUGACGAAUCAAAAGCAAAUAAGUCGGGCUCUUCCACUGCCAAUAUUAAGGAGCCGAUGGCAGCCGCUUCCACUCGCCGCAGUGUCUCCAUAGAAACCAGGAGAUUUGCGGCCAUCCGGUUGGCUUCUUCUUCGAUAUCCUAUUCUCAAGAGCUAGCUCGAAUGGUUCGAAAUGCUCGUGAGGAGAACCAAAGGCGAGGUGGAUGGGUUCGGGUAUUCCCAACAGCAGAUACCUGGCAGAAUUACGGCUCCAUCUUGGAAUACAGCUCACAAAACAACCUUAUUUUGCAUGAACAUUUGUAUCCAAACGCUGUCAAAAAGGCUCAGCGACAAAGUAAACGUGGCCCCAAUCCGAAAAGUUACGACUUCUUCAGGAAACGGAGUCAGUCCAUGGGCCCUACGAGAUUGGAUCGGGACAAGUCAUUAAAUUUCACCGAUCUCAAUUUUGACAAGUCAAUCAAUGGACGCAAGUCCAAGAAGACCUCGCCCAUCCCGCCAACCGAAGGCUCGGAGCCCGACUCACAAACAUCACCAACACCAAUCAGUCUUCCGAGUAAGCCGACUCCAAGUGAGCUUCGAGUGGCACAAUAUGAAAAACCCUUGAUGAAAGGACAUAAGGCCAAAGCUGUUUUGGUGAAGACGAAAAAAGACCCCGAGAAGGUGGCCAAGAAGCGAUCGGAAAAGCGUCAAAGGUCAGGGGUACUGAAGGACAAGAUCAUCAAAAUGAUUGAGAGUGGCCUGCAGUUGAGUGAGUAUCAGUCCCGGAAGGCGUUCUCCGUGUAUCUGCAUUGUAUUCUCCAGCGACUCUCUGACUUUGACGUGGAUAAUGGUUCUGACCUUGGACAAAUAGACUUGGUUCUCAAGUUCUUGCAAAAGGCUGCAUUGAGUCUUCGUGAGCCCUACUUCCUUAAGGCCCCUAGCAUCAAACUUAGUGGCAAAGACCGAGCUGCCAUCGUGGCCAAGGAACUGAACGAGUUUCUAGGUCAUUACCGACGAGAAACGGAUCUUUACACGGCCUUCAAGGAAGAGUCUGGUAUGAUUCCACGACACACCUUCGAAGAGUUCAUAGCCUUCGCCAACGACACAGAUCUGGAGGAGGUUCUCACAUUACAAACCAAGCUCUAUCGAUGUGCCCAUAUAUUCUUGGGGAAGUGUCUUCCCCCAGUUUCUGGUCGGAAGAACUCACUUCUUCGGACCGCUUACGGGAUCAGUCCGGAUCGAAACCUCCGAGAUCGUCAAUGUACGAUGAGGAUCAAUGCCCGUGCCAAUCCUCCCAUGGCACCGCAAUUCAAGCUCCCACCUCAGCAGCCUUUGAACUGCUUAAACAUCUCCACCUAUGAGAAAUCCAAAUUGGAAGAACUUGAAGAGGACACCAUGUACAACAACGUUCGCAUUGGUCUGAUGGUAAAGAAGUCGAUGCUGGGCUUCAAGAGGGAAACUGUGGAUCGAUGCGUGCUAGAUUUGGACAACAGCUCCCCGAGCCCAGCAGAUCCAAGGUUGACAGUAUUAACAGAAGCGUUUCCGACCGUCAACAAAACUGGCUCAAUGAAAGCGGAAGUGAAUGGGAAGACUGAGAACGACCACCUUCUGCGUGUUUCUUCGGCUCCAUCUGAAUUAGGAGAGAACUUAUUGUCGUGCUCCGAGGUCGAUGAGCUCCUUUAAUUGCCCCGUCUCAUGGAAUUGGAUACUGUGCCAUAGCCGGUUUUUAUUGAUUAUAUCUUUCUUUGCAUUCCGAAUAAUUUGUUUUCUAUAUUGGUUAUUUUUUCUAGGAAUAUAAAACUUUAUGAAAACAA